AUGGCCUCCGUCCAGCGCCCGGUGGCCAUCUCGGCCAGGCUGCUGCGCCUAGACAACCCCAUCCACAGCUUGACGGCCGCCUUCUGGCUCUGGAAGGCCGUGUUGAUUGUCGUCAUUGCGGCCUGCCCGGGUUUGGGCUAUGAUACCUCCACCUCUCUCAUCUCCGACGAGCCGGGUGCUCCCACCGACAUUGUCAGCUCACUGUCUGUGCCGUUGAAGUUUGCACGAUGGGACUCCAUCUAUUUCCUGCAUACAGCCGAGACGGGCUACGUCUUUGAACAGGAAUGGGCCUUUGGCUACGGCUACUCCAAGAUUCUCGCCCUUUUUAUCUCAGGGGUGGAACGAUCAGGCGGCGUCGGCGGACCAGCCAACAUCGCCUUGGCAGGGGUGGCCCUCUCCCAUGUCGCCCACUAUCUUUCCGUGCUCGCCGUCUACGGUCUGACCGCCAAUGUAUUCGGGUGCACGACCAUCUCCCAGAAGCUGAUCUGCUUCUUGUCUGCGGCUCUGCACAUCAUCUGCCCAGGCGGGGCAUUUCUCUCCGCCCCAAAUCCAGAGUCGAUCUUCUCCUUUCUCAACAUCACUGGCUUCUACCUCUACUCAUGUUCCCUCAUCGCGGGGUAUAACGGAAAGACCCUGUCGCGCGAUUCGCUGUUGCUGACUUCCGCCGCCCUCUUCGCGGUGGCAACUACGGUUCGCAGUAACGGGAUUCUUAGUGGUUUCCUCUUUGCGUACGAUGCUGCUGUGCUGGUCUGGCGCACUUUCAGCCAGGGUCUGUCGCUGCACAACACGAUUCGCCUCGGAAUGGUCGUCCUCGGCGGCUGCAUCGUAGCUUUGGGGACGAUUGUCCCGCAAUUUUUGGCCUGGCGAGUGUACUGUGCGUCGGCCACUGAUCCUCGACCUUGGUGCGAGUGGACCGUGCCGAGCAUCUCUGCCUGGGUCCAGGGUCAUUACUGGAAUGUCGGGUUUUUGAGAUAUUGGACGGUUUCGAACCUCCCACUGUUCCUGCUAGCAGCGCCUCUAAUCGCACUCCUUUGCCGUUCUUCAUUAUGGGCAAUGAGUGCAUCCGAACACGCCCACUCUCCGGACCACCCCGGAUCAAUGCUCGUUCGGCUGAGCAUCCCCCAGGGUCUACUGGCGGUGCUGGCACUGACGAGCUAUCAUGUGCAGAUCAUCAAUCGGAUCUCGUCCGGGUAUCCCUUGUGGUAUUGGUAUCUGGUGUCGGGUGCCGUGAGCAGCCUUUCGAGACCGAAGGCAAACCACCGCGUACUCACCACCGCGGUUCAGGGCAUGGUUGGGUAUGGGUUGAUUCAAGGUGUGCUAUUUGGGUCCUUUCUUCCUCCAGCAUGA